AUGAUCUCUUAUUUGAACCCCAUACCGUCGCUACCAAACCCUCUGGGACCUCACAAGGUUGGUACUUCUGAAUGGGAAAUUCCAGUUUCAGAGAUCACUUCAUCAUCACAAUCACCCGAUCCAAUCAUCUCAACAAUUAAAUUCCGCCUCUACUACCCAACUCCACCCACAGAGACCUCAGGCUCAAUAAAAUGGCUACCUCCACCACAAAAUCAAUGGAUUGAGGCAUACUCAUCCUUUCUGGGUGCUGGUGCUCGCCUGUCAUCCUUCAUCUCAGCACUGCCAUCUCUCAUCAAGUACACAACCAUUCCUGCCGUUCCAGACUCUCCACUUCUUCCCCGGACAGUCUCCUCCAAGUAUCCCCUACUGGUAUUCUCACACGGUUUGGGAGGAAACUUCAAUACGUACAGUUCAGUUUGCACUGCGUUGGCAAGUUUCGGUAUCGUCUGUGCCGCCCCUGAACAUCGAGAUGGCAGUGCACCAAUCUCCCUCAUCCGAUCCUCACCCACCCAGCAGACGGUAUCGAUUCCCUAUCAAAAGCAUGCCCAUUCUCCAACUCCUGAGGUUAUUAAUGCUCGAAAUGCUCAACUUCGGAUCCGUUUGUGGGAACUUGACCAACUGUCCACUGUCCUGAUCGGCCUCAACAGAGGAGAAACGUUCACAAAUUAUGCCGCGUCCAAGAAUCAACGGGAAUCAGUACCUGCCCUGUCAAACGUCCUCGAUCUCCGACCAGGCCACAUCACCUGGGCGGGCCAUUCUUUCGGUGCAGCAACAACAGUGCAGUUUGUCAAGUCGAUCUACUACCGUCAACACCUACCUUCGCUGAAGGGAACUCAGUACGAGAACGACCAAGAUUGGAAGCCUCUGUAUACUCCAGCAGAGAAUGGCGAGCUCGUGAAACAAAUCACACCUGAAUCUCCUGUUGCCUUGCUCGAUCUCUGGACAAUGCCGUUGAGAGGAGAUACCACAGAAUGGCUCUGGCAAAAGCCUCUGCCAUGCUAUGACCGCCAGUCCUCGUCUGGGACAGACAACACAAACGCCGUCGCGAUAAUGUCUGCCGAGUUCCACAGAUGGGCCGAACUCUUGAACCGCACCAAGGCAGCCCUAUCGCCUCGACCCGCCGAGGCGAUCAAAGAGCUGGAGCGGAGGAGAUCCGAGUCUUCUUCGACAUCGUCGCAAGACUCAUCCACGAGCUCCAAAUCAGCAGCAGACAUCAAAGCACCCAUCCCCUUCCCCGACGAAGCCACACCACCAUCAUCAACCGUCUCCUCCAACGAACCCAGCCGAACAUCCACUCCCAUCCCAACCUCCACAUCAUCCUCACCACCAGCUCCACCAUCCUGCACUCCCAAGCAAAACUCACCAUCCCUCUAUCUAAUCCCUCACUCGGCACACCUCUCGCAAUCAGACUUCGGCCUCCUCUUCCCAAACCUGACGCGAUAUCUGAUGAAGGCACAAGACCCGCAGAAGACCAUCGAGCUGAACGUACGAGCCAUCCUGGCCGUCAUGCGCGGCAGAGGUCUCGAGAUCGAACAUUUUCAACCAAAGACUUCUCCUGCCAAGUCAAAGCAACAGCAACAGCAACAGCAACCUCAGCAGACUGAGAAAGCCGAGAAUCUCCUCGACGCGAUUCUCAGCCAGGAGGGCAUUGAGGAUCGCUUCGUGAAGUUGUCGCUCAAUUAG